AUGCUGCAGACACAACAGCUCAUGAUGAAUCACUGCAAAGGCGGCAGCACGCAUCCAUCAGUUACGCUUCUGCUCCUCCUGUUGCUGCUCGUCCCCUGCGCUCCCGUGUCGGCUGAGAGUGACAACCUAUGCAAUUUCUUUGAUGUUCAGUGCGUUCUUCUGCAGACGUCUGAGAAGUCGAGUAUCGCGCUGAACGCCGCGGAUGCUACUGCUCAAAAGGCCUUGAUUGCUUGCACGCGCGAGAGCCUGACGGACCCUUCAACAUGGACACCUACGGACGGCUCGGGUAGUACGCUGAAUGUGUACAUGUCUACGCUCUCUGACGUGCAUCUGAGCAGUAUAGUGGCAGCGUCAUCAUCCACCAGCUGCACACUAGUCACCUCCAUAUCUGAAGGCGUACUCGACACGAGAAGUAUGUCCAACCAUGUGUACUUCACAAACGCCGAUCCUGCAACGGAGAUGUUGGGGUUGCUGUCGUAUGUAAUGACGAGUGGAGUCCCUCCGAAAAUGGGCUUCGUAUACGCGAGCACGGCUACAGGCGGAACCAGUGCGGGUGCUGCGGUGUACGAAGAGUUUCUGAGACGCAGCAACGAGCUUGCCUACACCGGCACUGUCACAACCUAUGACGCGGCCCAGACCUACGAUGCAGCGAAGUUUGCGGCGUUUGUGGACCACUUUUUGGAAGGUACCUCUGUCGUGUUCUUCUUCCCCCCUGCUAGCAGUGAUACCGACCGCAUGUUUGCGAGGCUUAUUUCGCAGUCAAAUGUAAGUAACCUCCUGAUGCCUUCGUGGCUAAUCGCUACCGCCGCUUCCCAGUACCUCGCUGCAACGUCUCCAUCCGUACCUGCCAGCAACGUAAUUGUGUCCUCCACAAACCCGCACCCCCAAGACACCAACUUUGCAGUCUCAAUGGCUCAGUUCACAAAGGACUACGGUAGCGUCGACCCAACACUCGCUUCCAGCAGUGCGGAUGGCGUAGACGCCGUCGCAGGCUGGAUCACUGCCCAAGCAACUGUGGCGACGCUACAGCCCUAUACUCUUUGGACCGAGCCGCCAACCCAGCAGAGCUAUUUCAACAGUCUGUUUCAGCAGCGCUUCUACACCAUCGGUGGGGAGAUUGUUCUUGGAGCGUACAGCAGCGCGUGCAACGUGGGCGGCCGUAUGGUGAUUUUGUACUCCUUAACAAAGAUGUAUGAUGGAGCAAAGAACGCCUACUAUGGGCUGACGUCGGUGCCCAAUGCGAUUCUGAGGCUGAAGCCAUGGGAGUGCCACGCGGCGGAUGUCACGUUGCGCGUUGGCAAGAUGGUGCGGGCGGGCUACGUGCAGUAUCAAGCCAUUGGCGAAAACUCCGAUUACAUGACAACACAAAUGGAGAACACCAUUUCAUCUGCCAUGGGCUCAGCCACCUUCACCAGCACCACCAUUGGCCCCUUAGAGAGCCUAUCUAGUGCUGCCUGGCAGGCCGUACUCGACAGCUCAUCAGCCACAGCUGUGUUUGGAGCCGCUUCCGUUGGCGUUGACAAAAGCCCCGUGCAGCAAGUUUUGGUAGACCCUGUAUUUCUGCACCCGACUCUUUACCAGAAUGUGAGCAGCGUCAUCUACCUGACAGCGACCAACGAGCAGCAGUUGGGUGCGGUGGCAACGUGGGUAGCGCAGUCGGCCAUCGCCCCAGAUGUGCACGCCGUGGUGCGGAACUCCGGUGACUCGGCGACUGCGAUGCAGAGCACGCUGCACCGAAUCAUGGCGGACGCUGGCGUCACCAUAAAAUCUACGAGAACGUUAGAUGCUGGUAAGGCGCUGUCCUCUAGCGACUUUCCGACAUCCGGUCUUGUGUUGCUGACUGGAGUCAUACUGAGCGACAUCGGCACACUGGCGGCGUACAUGCAAAGUAACGUAGAUACACGGGUGAUACUCCUGUUCGAUGAAAUGACGCAGUGGUACCGUGAAAUCCAAAUCAAGUUCACGACCCUGCCCACCUCCUCCGGCGAACGUCUGCUUUUUCUGACGAACCUGCCGCCCUGGGUGCAAAAGAGCCGGGACGUAUCUACACUAUCUACAUCAUUUCUCAAUACUGCGAUUGGGCCAAACUACCACUCGCCAGCCUCGAUGCGAGGCUACGUCGCGUUGCGCGCGCUCAGCAUGAUGGGUAGCAAUGCCGCAAACCCAUCGAGUCGUGGGCUCUUGGAUGCACUCUACACGCAACAGGUUUUGCAGGUGGAUGACCUCACAAUGGGCCCUUUCCAGCGCACGGGGUGUAAGUACUCGAUGGAAAGUAAAAACGUGGAGUGCACUGGCGUCGUGAACGGCGGCGCGAGUGGCAUCUACUUGUGGUCCUACUCGGACAUGCUAAUGGAAGCCAAUGGGCCAAUCGCUGGGCCGUAUGUUGUCGACCUCUUCGGUCACGUCGAAACAGCCGAUGUGGGCAACAGCAGCAGCGCCAAAGAGCAGACUAGCCCCACACCGAAGGUAACCAUCAUCACCUCCGUGAUUAUUGGCGCGGUCAUUGUGGCUGUGAUGGCCGCCGCUGGCAUCAUCUUUGCCUUCGGCUUUGGCGACAGCCGCGACAACCGCAACGCGCCAAAGGACGAUAACAAGCCUGUGACGCUCAUAUUCACGGAUAUUGAGAGCAGUACGGCGCUCUGGGCGACAGCGCCGCAGGCCAUGGCGGCCGCGGUGGCGCUGCAUCACAAGCUGGCUCGCCAGCUGAUUAUCAAGCACAAGUGCUACGAAGUCAAGACAAUUGGCGACUCCUUCAUGAUUGCGUGUAAAGAGCCGUUCGCCGCUGUGCAACUCGCGCGCGACCUUCAGCUAGAGCUUCAGCAAGCUGACUGGGGAUCGACGGUCAUUGAUGACGCCUACGCGUCGUUCGGAAAACAGACCGGGGGCACCAGCCCCAGCGAAUGCGGGACGAGCCCGUGGAGCGGUCUACGCGUUCGUGCCGGAAUUCACUGCGGUCUGGUGGAGGUACACCUCGACAAGGUGACCAAAGGCUACGACUACUACGGCAACGUCGUCAACACGGCUGCACGCACGGAGAGCAUCAGCUGCGGUGGACAAGUCAUCUGCACCUCGAGCGUGGUGGAAGCCCUCACUGAGGAGGAGCAAAGCACUGUACAGUUUGUGCCCCUCGGUCCGCACCAGCUACGCGGCGUUACAGCACCGAUCGAGAUGUACGAACUGCGCACGGUGCCAAGCCGCAUCUUCCUUUCAAGCGCGCGUGAUGUCCAGGCAAACCCGCUGGCGUCGUUCGCCGUCGGCACCAAUGCUGGCAUCGCCCCCAACUUAAAAGAGGGCAAUCCGAUGCUGGUGGAAGAGGAGCCCACCAUCGAGACGCCGGCGGGCAUCGAAUCGGUGGCAGAGGUUCUGGACGUAUACUUCAGCCCCUACACGUGUCAGCAGAAAAUCAAGUUGCUCCUGAAGACGUGUAAGUGCUUUUGCCUGUCAGACCCUCCGCGCCAAAUGUUCACGUCCAAGGAUGCAUACCUACACGCCCUGAUGCUUACGGUGGCCACGCGCACGUCGGCCGUGAUCGACUUCCUCCACAAGAAGAAGGAGGGCGAUGGGAUUGGCCCUACGGCUGAAAUCAAGGACAACGCCGCGUCGCUAGAGAUGGCAGGCCACCGAGAUGCCGCGCCGGGAUUGCACCGGCACAGUAGUGUCUUCCUCAGCGAUGUGGAAUCGCCAGUUGCAGGGGAAGUGAAGCGACGGCGCACCAUCAUGAUUGACUGGCCUGAGGAGAAGCAGUCGAGCCAAGAGACCUUGGGCAGCACCGUGGUAUUGGUGCUGGACAACGGCGAGCUGCUAACGUUAUCCAACAAUCCCAGUACAGGUCUCACCGAGAAGCCGCUGAAGGAGGUCUGCGAGGCGACGACAGUGUACCUGAACGGCACCCCAGGAAUCAGCGGCGAUGAAGUGAGCGCUUGUUUUGGGAACGGUAAUGGGCUGCUCUUCCGCAUCAUUGACAAGGCGACGAAGCGGUGGGCUUUCUACAAUGAUACUACUAACUUUUCUAUGCAUAUUUACUUCUCUGUCGGCCGCGCGAGCACGGUGGAGUGGGGCCCGGAUGUUGCUGGAAGAGUCACCCAAGCGGAGAGCACAGGCUGGUAUGAGGGUGACCUGCUCGUGCCACCUCUUGCGACGAAGGUGCUCAUGACGGGCCACGUCAACGGGUACAAAAUGCGAUACAGCGCGAUGGUGUUCAACGGCAGUGAGUAG